AUAUCCGGGAGAUUUGAAUAUCCGGUGGGCGGGGCGGUGUGUUGGAGUAGUGGAUUUGAUCCCGGUUGACAGAAUUAUGUUUUAACCGUUUAUACGCGCGAAUAGAGUCGGAGGCUGCUCACGGAUCUAACUCGAGUCUAGUUCUUCUUCUUCUUCUUCUUCUUCUUCUGGAACACUAAAGUCAUGGCAGCCAGUAAGAGCAAAAGCCAGAGUUCUCUGGUCCUUCACAAGGUGAUCAUGGUGGGCAGCGGCGGCGUGGGAAAAUCAGCUCUCACACUGCAGUUCAUGUAUGACGAGUUUGUGGAGGACUACGAACCCACCAAAGCCGACAGUUACCGGAAGAAGGUGGUGCUGGAUGGAGAGGAGGUGCAGAUUGAUAUUUUGGAUACGGCGGGGCAGGAAGACUACGCCGCCAUCAGGGACAACUACUUCCGCAGCGGAGAGGGUUUCCUUCUGGUGUUCUCCAUCACGGAGCCCGAGUCCUUCAGCGCCUCGUCAGAGUUCAGAGAGCAGAUCCUGAGAGUGAAAGCGGAGGAGGAUAAAAUCCCUCUGUUACUGGUGGGGAAUAAGUCCGAUUUGGAGGACAGGAGGCAGGUGUCUGCGGACGAGGCCCGGACCAAAGCGGACGAGUGGUCUGUGCAGUACGUGGAGACAUCGGCCAAAACCAGAGCCAACGUCGAUAAGGUCUUCUUUGACCUGAUGAGGGAGGUGCGCGCGAAGAAGAUGUCCGAGAACAAGGAGAAGAACGGGAAGAAGAGCGGCAAGACGAAGAACAGCCUGAAAAAGAGAUGCGCGCUGCUUUGAGCCGCAAAGAAACAAACCAAAAAAAAAGCUUUCCUGUCCUGGACUGAGCCGAGUUUUUCUUGCCAAAUGCAAUCGAAGCAGAACCUUAAGCCACUGUGCCGAUGUCUAGCACAUCUCUAAAGGACUUUUUAUACACUUCCACCCGUUUCCCGUGAUAUCAGAUCAGUAGCGAAACUCUAAUCUGUGAACAAUACAUGCUUUAUUACUUUCAUGGAGCCGCAUCACUGGGCUUCAUUCAUUAAACAGUACUCUAUUUUAUCCGCCUUUUACUUUUUUUAAAGCAAAGGCAACAGAGAUAUGCAAUAUUUGGUUUGUUUUGAAUGCACGUGUGACGCGGCGGUGAGGUCGACGGAUUUUACUACGCAAACUCGCCGAACGUGUCGCUUUUAUUAUCAAACUGAACAUACGAUAUUUUUGUAAUCAAACCACUUUAUCUGCCUGGUGACUCUAGACCAAAUAAACCUUCUUCGGAUUUGUUAUGAAA